AUGUUCAGCGGAAUCAUCAGCGGCCUCUGGCGCUCCACAGCGGGGACUGCCGAGGAGGCGCGGACGACUGUGGGAAGCCCAAGACGGCCUCUCUCCGGCAGUUCCGAUCUGGGAAACGCCCGAGUCAGCCUUUACUUCGUGCGCGGGACAGAGGCGACGGAGCUUUUCGUCUCUGCUACGCUUUCCUUCGAGGAUGAGGGGGAACGUGUAUUGGUGAUUCGCGGGGAGUCUGAGGACGGACGCGAGAGCGAAGAACGCUUCCCCUGCCCUCUAAUUCGCCGCGUCCGCCACCAUCAACCUGAAAUGUUUCAGUGGAUGGUGGCCAGUGGCAAAUCGAAAGGAGACGAUUUGGGAGACGAGUAUGGCCUGCUGUUUGAGCGGGAUGACUACGCGUGGUUGUUCGAGAAGGUCUUGAUUCAGAAUUUGUGCGCAGACGCAGAAAAGCUGCUUUCGAUUGAAGGCUCGCUGUCGGCGUACCGGCGUCUGGAGAAGAAAUGGCAGCCUCUGUCGAGCUGCGUGGUCUGUUGCGUGGUGCAGCGACCCCACACGCUUGAAGGUUUUCUCUUGAUUCGAGACGCUGCGGGGAAGGAGACAGGCACAGGGGGCCCGAAGCCCGCGACGGAAGGAGCUGAGAACUCGAGCACAUCCGCGGGAGAAACCGCCGAGAGCGCCGGCAACGCGCAGUGGCAACUGUCCCUUUCCUACGAUGAGUUCAUCACAAUGGACUCGGAGAAGAAACAGAUUCAGUGGUGGGGGCCUGGCACACGUUUUGCGGACGCCGAGGAAGACAGCGAAGAGGAGGGCGAGAAGCAGCUGUUCGAGUUGCGUUUGAAAGACGCGGACCCGAAGGGAGACAGUGGAGAUAGCAAGAACUUUUUUCUCCUCCUCCAAAAGGUCAUGAUGGAAGCUGCGGAAGGCGCACGCAUCGACGAUGCCGCUCUCCACACCGUCCAGGCCAUGGAGGCGUCCUUCGGAUACGAAAGCGACGCUUUUGACAGAACGGUCAAAGCCCACGAAGAAGACCUCGAAGUGGAAUGGGGUGACGCUCAGUCAGAAGAGGCGACCGAUGAGGAGACAGAGACAAGCCUCCCUCUCGUUCAGCGCGACCCCACUCGCGACGUGUGGGCCAAGUGCCCCGAUGCGAUGCUCUACAAACAGAUGAAUGUCGGCAAGGACCGCACUUUCGUUUUCCGACAGACCGGCCAGGCGUCUCGACACCGGAAGAACGACGUCCAGGUUCUCGCAUUCGAUGAGUUCGGAAAGACUCGCGUUGUCGCGACUGUCGACGAUUCCAAGUUUGACUUCAAGAAGCUUCACGUCAACCCAGCGACAGCUCUGCUUCACGAUGGGGAAAGGAAAAUGAUCCUCGUCGACGAAGGAAGAGACAACGUCUACAUGAUGGACAUUGAGCGAGAGCAAAUUGUCCAGACAUGGGAUGCCGACCACAUGAGUAUCGGCGGGGUCAUGCCGUCGAAGAAAGACGGCAGCCUCACGCACGAUCAAACGUUCGUCGCCUACAACCCUCAAGCUGUCUUUUGCAUGGACACUCGAGCGGCGCAAAAAGCCAGGACGCACACCAUCUCUUAUGCAUCCAAAGUCAACUUCACUUGCGGAGCAACGGACGCGGGUGGUCACAUUGCCACGGGAAAUGCCGUUGGAGAUAUCCGUUUAUACGACGGGGGCGUGAACGCAGACGGAAAGUACAAAAGAGCCAAGACACACCUCAAAGGCCUCGGCGACCCGCUGUUGCAUGUCUGCGCGCUCCGAGACGGGUCUUGGGUUCUAGGAACGUGUCAGAAGUACUUGGUUUUGUUCCCCGUGAAGUUGUCGAGCUCAGGAAAAACGGGAUUUGUGUCAGCUCUCGGGCAGCAGAAGCCACCUCCGAUUGUUCUUCGCCUGCGCUUGGAAGACAUUGCUUUCUACAACUUGCAGGACUUGAGCUUUACAAAAGCAGAGUUCGAUGAGGCCGAGUCGACAAUUGUCACGUCUACAAACAACCUCGUCAUCAUCUGGGAUUUUGUAGCGGUAAAGCGUGGAGACUUGUUCGCUUAUUCCAUUCGCAAGGUCCACGAAUACAUCAAAGAUGUCGCUUUUGCCAAGGCCACUGCAGGAGACGGUCGUGUCAUUAUGGCGACUCCGUCGAAUGUCAACACAAAGCCACUGAAGAAGAUUGUUCGGUAG